AUCAAGGUUCAAAAACAAGGCAUGGAUUAUUUUAAUCAUCCAAACCCCAAAGCUCACAAUCAGUUACUGUCACACAAUUCCAAGAGAUUAAUGAAGUUUCUGCUUUCUUUUUCUCUGUUCUGUGUUUUGUUUUCUUUACUUCCCUUGAUUCUUCAGUACCUGAAGCCUUUCCUCAUGCAAUUCUUUAGCUACACCAUUGGCAAGAGCCACAUGUUCCUUCUCUGCAAUGGCCUUCUGGCUUUUAUAGCCAUGAACUCUGGUCUAAUCAAUGCCUUUUCACCAACGACUCAUCAAAGCAUUGAAUGUGCUGUUGACAACGAGAAAAGUAGCAGGUUAGAAUUCAAUGUAUCAGAGAUUGCAGCACCAAUUGCUGGUGAGAACGUUUUGGAAAUUGAAUCCCCACAAGAAGAAGAAAAGAGUUCGAUGAUAGAAGAACAAGAGAAUAUACUUUCAGUUUCAGAUACACAAGAAGAUGAUGAAGAAGAGGGAAAUGCCCUUAUGAUCAUUGAUGAAGAUGAGCAAGAACAUGAGCUUGGUGCAGAUGACACAGAAGAGUUAAAUAAGAAAUUUGAAGAUUUUAUUAAAAAGAUGAAAGCGGGGUUCUGUUCUGAGCCAAGAGAUGAGAUCAGUUCUUAUUUUGAUAAUCAGAAAUCAAUGGUGGCUGUUAAUUAAGUAGGCAUUGGAUCUCAAAGUUCCUCUCUUUUGCACCAUUGGUCUUAAACAUUUCACUUGACUUUAACUAACAGGGUGUCUUAGUUUUUCUAAGUUUUAGGUCACUUCAGACCACCCAGAUUUUUGCUUGUAGGAAUUAAAUACUGGUCUACAUGAUUCUGUUGGAGUAUGUUCUGUUCUGUGUUUUUUUUUAUGUGUUCCAAUGGAAAGAUCAA